AUGAUUGUAAGACAGUGUCCGACCCAAACGCAUAAGCGGCACCUCUGGGCGACACUUUCCAGCCCUCGAUGUCUUCGGGGUCUGACCACAACAGGUCACACAUUGGGCCGCUGUUUGGCACCUCUUGUUUGCGGUCAAUCACCCGGAUUUGAUCCAAUACCCGUAGCUGGUGUUAGUGGCGGAACCACUACAUCACUCGAGACCACAGAUGACGGCAAUGAAGACAACAUUCAACACUUAAAAAUCUAUGCGAAAGACUCUUUGGAUCGUUUUGGUGACGACUUAUUCUGUAUUUUAUUGUCUUAUCUCUCACUCGAAGAUCGGUUUCGAUGCGAAUGUGUGUCCAAACAGUUCCAGAGGACAGUCUUCGACAGUGAAACUAUGACUCAAACGAUGGAAACAUUUGCCAUAAAGUGUCCAAACAUUGAGACCAUUGACUGUCGAGGAAUGAUAUUAAACGAACAAACUUUCAUACUAUUGGACACACUUCGAGACAAUUGUCAACAUUUACGGGAAAUAUACGUCAGAUUUGGAUCAACUAGUGAUGAAUGGACACAACUCUUACAACCACUCAUCACAAGAAUGAUCAUUGAUUGGCAAUCAGAUCCCAAAGAGUCGAUCAUUAAUAACCACCGAUUAUCUCAUUUAUCGAUCUCUUCUAUCGACAAAGUCUUUGACAACACUUCCGGACAAUUGAUGGCAAAGAAUUUGUUGACAUUUGAGUUCACAUUUAAAGGCAAUGACAUUAAUAGCCAAUUGUUGUCCCGAUUCGUGGCCGACAAUCAGUCCCUCAGAUGUCUUGUAGUGAAUACAAUCAUAUUCUUAGGUCAAAACAGUGUUCGCAUAUUCGCCGACCAAUUGUCACGAUUAACACAAUUACGGGAAUUAACACUCGAUUUAUGGCAUUACGACAACUCAUUGGCCGACUCUUUGCGUACAAUUGGCGUGAAUUGCAAACAAUUGAAACGAUUGUCACUCGUAUUGAAGACUAAUGAAGGACUCGGAGUCCAGACAUUGGAUUCGUUGCAAUCGUUUCGGCGUUUAAAACGAUUGGAUUUAACGCUCGGUUCAAAUCAGUACUGGUUUUGGGGCAGAAGUCGGCAAAAGUUUAAUAUAUCGGUUCCCGGACUAAAAAUAAUGCAUUUGUCGCUUAAUUUGCAACAAAUUGUUUGCAAUUUGUUAAACAAUUAUCAAAACCAUUCGCCACUUCUUCAAUGCCUGUCCAAUGGAUGUCAAAAUUAUGGCACAGAGUGUUUGUCACACCUCUCAAGACUACCGGCGCUGCAAACGCUUGACUUCUGGACAACAGAUCUGAGAAAUCAUUAUACGAGAGAUCAUAACUUUCAGUGA